AUGGUAGACACAACUGCGAACACCAAUGACGAUUCUGAUUUCCAACUUUAUCGUUACAACCCGAGUAUGGGUGCUGCCAUCUUAUUCAUCAUUUUAUUUGCUAUAUCCAGUGUGGCUAUUAUCAUCUUUAUUUCAGAAAGAGCAUUGAAGGCAAAGAAUAAACUUCGUUCAUGGAAAAAAAUAUCAGAUAAUGCGGAAACUGCAUUGAGGUUUUAUAAAAUCAGCAAACUAUAUGGUGCCUAUAUUCCACUUAUUGUAGGCUGUAUCGUAGAACUAAUUGGGUAUAUUGGUAGAGCUAUCUCCGGUAACGAUAAAGAAGCUUUAGGUCCAUAUAUCAUGCAAAGUGUGUUAUUAUUAAUUGCUCCUACAUUAUACGCUGCAACCAUUUAUAUGCUCUUUGGUAGAAUGGCACAUUUACUGUUUGCUGAAAGUCUUAUGAUUAUGCCCGCAAGAUUCAAUACCUUGAUCUUCGUCUUAGGAGAUAUUGCGAGUUUGUUUAUGCAAGCCGCUGGUGGUGGUUUAAUGGCAAGUGCAGAUUCAGCCAAAUCAGGAUCUAAUUUAGUUACUGCUGGUUUGUUUGUUCAAAUCGCAUUCUUUGGGUUAUUUAUCAUUAAUGAAUUCCUAUUUAUUUUCAGAGUUGGAAAACUUCCAAAUCCAAUUCAAUCUAGGUGCGCCAGUUGGAAAUCCUUAAAUAUGGUACUCAUAGUUAAUAGUUUUCUGAUUUUGAUUAGAUCUAUUGUCAGAGCAAUUGAAUUUAUUGAAGGUUUUGAUGGUUUUAUCGCUUCACAUGAAUGGUACUUAUAUGUUUUUGAUAGUUUACCAAUGUAUGCCCUUACCGUUAUAUCCAUUGCAACUCUGAAAUGGAAUAAUAUCUUCAGAAUUCAAGAGGAGUCUGUCAAUGCACAAAUACAUGUUGGUCCCUUACUCCAGCCGGUCGGAAGCACCGAUUAUGUUCUAUCCAAUCACAAAUCUGAAACGAAGGGAUUCAAAGAAAGUGAGUACGAGCAAUAUAAUUAA